AAAGUCUGCUUCCGCUUCCUCUGAAGUCAGCUGAUUUGAUCGGGUUGACAUCGAUUUCGCCGAGACCUGUAAAACUAAAACUCUAACACAAGUGGCUUCAAAAAGUACAAAUGACGGUCGUGUAAGGUAUAUUUCAUUUGAAACUGUCUUCAGACAUCUUAAGAUAACAGAAACCUGGAAAGUAUUUAUUAGAAAAAUGGCUUCUUUACUUUUUUGCGGUCCUAAACUGGCAGCAUGUGGACUGGUCUUGAGCAUUUGGGGUGUGAUUAUGCUGGCAGUGCUGGGGAUUUUCUUCACCACACAUUCAGCCGUGCUCAUAGAAGAUGUGCCUUUUACAGAGGAAGACAUGCAUAACUUGGAGACGCCACUGCAGAGCAUUUAUAAACUGUACAACCAAGUUGGAUACAAUUGCUUCAUUGCAGCAGCGAUCUAUGUGUUAAUAGGAUUCUUGUCAUUUUGUCAGGUUCGCCUCAACAAACGCAAGGAAUUUCUGGUGCAUUAGCACUGCCUAGUGAUUGGAGUUUAACCAUACUUCUAACUUCCUUUCACAUAGUGUGAGAUUGACUUUUAUGAUUACCCUGUACCUCACUAAUAUGCCUUUUUUGUCUUUGUUGUUGUGCUAUUCUGAGCUGCGGACUAACCAAAACCCUUAAAAUUCCCCAAGUCUGUCAUUUGGUUGUCAACUACAAACACUGUUGAUAAUUGUUUUCAUUGUGAUUUUAUUUAUACUUCCACACAUCAAAUAUAGAUCAUUCAGCACACACAUUUUACAUUGAAUGGAAUUUCACAUGAUCACUUUGGUUCUGUUUUCACAAUAAAUGAUUCAAGAUUUUGCCU